CCCGAACCUUCCCCGGUCCGAAGCAGAACGCUUCAUGACAUCCCCACCAGCCAACAAAGGGGCCUACCCAGUGUACAUCCUUGAAGUUGGAUACACCUCUGACCUGCACCACAGCGAGAAGCUCAUUCAAAAACAAGCACAGCACGCCACCCUUGCCACUGCCAUGCAAGCUGCAGGGUGGACUGUGCACUACGAUACUAAACACGUUAUUACACUGGGCCACGGUGGCACUGUCCCCCGUACCCUUGAAACUCUCCUCAAAGACCUAGGAGCCAAACCGCAGGCAGCCAAGGCCUGCUGCACACGUCUCCACAUGCAUAGCGUCACCACACUCCGGGGCACCGCAAACCUGUACUACCGGCUAGAGCGAGAGAUGGGCAUUGCCAACACCCGAUGCCACCCGGGAGGCCGCACCCAGGGGACCGCCAAUGGCGGCCCCCGCGCAGGGGAGCCGGGCGAUGACUUCUUCAAGGACGCUACCGCGCCCGACUACGGCCUGCCCUCGCUCAUCAAUCACCUGGGCAGCGGCAACAUCCGAGGCUACCUCACCGCUGACACCAACGCCAAGAUGGUGCGCUUUAACCCUGCCGCCACCGCCAGCGCCAGCGCCGCCGCCACCAGCACCGCGGCCACCGGCACAACAGCGGGGACCACCGCCCGCGCUGUUGGCGGCACUGGCGACGCCAUCGGCAACGCGGAGGCGGCAGCGGGCAGCAUUGUGGACACCAUCUCGGUGCAGCUGCGCUACAAGUACGACGACGGCGACGCCAACAACCCCGCCGCCAGGCAGCCCAACUUUGACGACAGCGACUACGGCGCCGCUUCACCGUUUGGCCCGUAAUGCACCUUAAAGUAGAACGACUCU